CCUGCGCCCGGCGGUCCGCGUGCUGGCGGCCGGGCGGGAGGAGCGAGCGGGCUCGGGGCUGAAACCCGAAACCUCCGGUCCGCGCGCGGCCCGAGGAAGGAAGCGGCGGCGGCCAGGCGGGCGGUGGCCGGUCGGGCCCUGCGCUGCCGCGCGGCGGCCCCUGGACGCCCAGCAUGCUGCGCCCGCCCCACACCCAGGCGCGCUGACCAUGAGCCUCAACUCCUCGCUGGGCCACCGGAAGGAGCUGAGCAACCUCACAGAGGCGGUGGCGGCCGGCGGCGGGGGCAUCGUGGUCGCUGAGUUCAUCGCCAUCGUCGCCAUCACCAUCUUCGUCUGCCUGGGCAACCUGGUCGUCGUGGUGACCCUGUACAAGAAGUCCUACCUCCUCACCCUCAGCAACAAGUUCGUCUUCAGCCUGACCCUGUCCAACUUCCUGCUGUCCCUGCUGGUGCUGCCCUUCGUGGUGACCAGCUCCGUCCGGCGGCGAUGGGUCUUCGGGGUGGUGUGGUGCAACUUCUCCGCCCUGCUGUACCUGCUCAUCAGCUCGGCCAGCAUGCUGACCCUCGGGGUCAUCGCCAUCGACCGCUACUACGCCGUCCUGUACCCCAUGGUGUACCCCACGAAGAUCACGGGGAACCGCGCCGUCCUGGCGCUCGUGUACAUCUGGCUUCACUCGCUGGUCGGCUGCCUGCCGCCCCUGUUCGGCUGGUCGUCGGUGGAGUUUGACGAGUUCAAGUGGAUGUGCGUGGCCGCCUGGCACCGGGAGCCGGGCUACACGGCCUUCUGGCAGAUCUGGUGCGCCCUGUUCCCCUUCCUGGUCAUGCUCGUGUGCUACGGCUUCAUCUUCCGCGUGGCCAGGGUCAAGGCCCGCAAGGUGCACUGCGGCGCCGUGGUGGUGGCGGAGGGCGACGCCCAGCGGCCCGGGCGGAAGAACUCCAGCACCUCCACCUCCUCCUCGGGCAGCCGCCGGACCGCCCUCCAGGGCGUCGUGUACUCGGCCAACCAGUGCAAAGCCCUUGUCACCAUCCUGGUGGUCAUCGGGGCCUUCAUGGCCACCUGGGGCCCCUACCUGGGCGUCAUCACCUCGGAGGCCCUGUGCGGGGAGCACUGCGUCUCCCCGAGCCUGGAGACCUGGGCCACGUGGCUGAGCUUCACCAGCGCCGUCUGCCACCCGCUCAUCUACGGGCUCUGGAACAAGACCGUGCGCAAGGAGCUGCUGGGCCUGUGCUUCGGGGACCGCUACUACCGGGAGCCCUUCGUCCAGCGGCAGAGGACGUCCCGGCUGUUCAGCAUCUCCAACAGGAUCACAGACCUGGGCCUGUCCCCACACCUCACGGCACUGAUGGCCGGCGGCCAGCCCCUGGGGAACAGCAGCAGCACGGGAGACACCGGCUUCAGCUGCUCUCAGGACUCAGGGACGGACGUGAUGCUGCUGGAGGACUGCGUGUCUGAGGACCAGCCCCCCGCCCACUGCUCGUGCCCCCCCAAGAGGAGGAGCUCCGUGACCUUCGAGGACGAAGUGGAGCAGAUCAAAGGGUCUUCCUCCCUCGAGUCCUCGGCCUCCCAGCCGACCGACCAGGCAGCCGCCAGACGGGGCGGGCCGGGGCCUCCGGACUCCACGCAGGCACACGUGUCCUCAGACCGGCUCCAUCCGCCCCAGAAAGCCGCCCGGAACCCCGUCCUCCACGUGAAAGCCGACGUGCACAAGUCCCUGGACAGCUACGCAGACAGCCUGGCCAAAGCCAUAGAGGCCGAAGCCAAGGUCAACCUGUUCGGAGAGGAGGCUCUGCCCGGGGUCUUGCUGGUGGCCAGGACUGUCCCCGGGGCCGGCUUCGGGGGCCGCCAGGGCAGCCGAGUGCCCGUGAGUCAGCGGCACCAGCUGCAGAGCAUCGAGGAAGGGAACAUUCUCACCUCGAAACAGAAGUGAGGGCCUUGAGGUGGCCUGUCCCCCGAGACGGACGCCCGUGGCCGACCCACCGAGCCGGGGCCCGGGAGCACAGGCAGGCGCCUGAAAACAGGAGAACGGUGUCCAUGGCCAGAGACUUUGGGGUCAGUGGGAGCCCCCACGUGAGCUUCCUGCAGACCCCAUGAUGGGACCAAAAGCAGCAAAAGCACAAGGAAAAGCAGACGGAGGUGUGGCCGUGCCUUUCUGGGCGGUGGGGCGUGGAGGGGGGCUGGAGACCGGGCUGGGAGUGGGGAGGAAGCACCAGGUGGGUCCUGUUCUCUCGGUCUCGGCCUGCAUCCGGACGCCCACGCACUGACCCGGGGACAGAAGCUCGGGAGGCGGGCCCUUCCCAGGGCACCCGGGCUUCUGCGGGGUCCCUAGAGGAGAACCCAGCCGGAGAGACCCCCGCGUCCAGUUCCCACACCUCAGCGCUGGUUGUGACCUCGCCUCGGUGGAGCCACCUGCUGGUGGUCCCGGGCAGUCACAGGCUCCUCCCCACUCACUGAUUCUUGGCUCUUUCAAAAGAAGGGAGAAACCACUAUCAAAGACGGGAGGAAGGAGCAGGUACCAGGCGCUUCCUUUCCAGAAUUUAAAGAAGAAAAGGUAUUUGGCUAGGACACGCCACGGACUUAUCACACCUGGACACGGCUGCGGUCCCAGCCGGCCAGGAGGUGGAAGGUGGAGACACCGUUGUCUUACAGAGGAGCCCCCUUUUCCUCAGAAAACCUCAUCCACGUGAUGCGUGAUUGACAGGAGAGAAGGCAGAAUAGCAGCCCUGCUGGGCCUGGAGCCACCACCUGUGCUCCCGGCCGGCUCCGCCCCUUCUUACUGCCGGUCACCUGGGCCUUCCUGUCGCCUCUCUGGGCGGGAAGAUGGGACGUGGGAGCGGGGCAUCAGAUUGAAUGGUCUCCAAGGGCAUUUUCGACUGCGACCUUUGGCGUCCUUUGUCAGGUAGAGAUCGGGGUGGGGGGUGGGGACCCGCAGACCAACAUUGCACGGCUUCCGAGUGUGGCUUCUAAGGUGUGUUUAGCAGCCACGGGCCCAGCUGCGCGGACUGCCCGGCUGGUCUGUUCAGACGCCGCCCUCCA